ACCACGAACGGUGGUCGGCCAAAGCCAAACCCGAGAGGGGAGAAAGCAUUGCCAAACUUCGGGAGCCGCAGCGGCCAGUGUCGAGUGCAUAAAGCUGGUGAGCGUGUUCCAAACUUCUUUCAUUCUACUUUCAUCCGAUCGCAGAAGUGUACGGACCCAUCACGCUUUAGAAUGAAGUCAAUCGCUUUACUUUGCACGCUGGUGCUGUUUGCCAUCGCUAAGGAUGCGUUCGCCGUUGAACCGAUCGGCAAGCUGCGCCCGGCCGAACGAUUGAUGGAUAAUCUGGACAUCCUGCAGGAGGAUAGCAGUUUCGAUCCGAUGGCACCGGUUUCGCAGCAUUCCGAGCUGUUCGAGAUUGCGAAGCGUUUGGCCCAAAAGAAGGAGACAGCGGUGGAGGGCCGGGAAGCGUACAGUGGUUACCAUCCAGGCGGCGAGAUGAAUAAUCUGGACCGGCUCGAGUACUACACGAAACAGUUUUUGGAUCUGGCGGUUGAUGUAUCGUACUCGUCCGUCUAUCUGCUGAGCAACUACACGCGCUUCGUCCAUAAUGCUAACAACAAGUUCAUCAUCGUCUUUGAAUAAAAUAAUAUACCUGACCGUUAAUGCUAA